AUAACUAAGAAAUCUGUUCUAUUUGCUAAGCUUUGUGCGCGAAAACCAAUGGUUAACGGUUUUAAAAUGACGUAAAGUCCCUCAACUAUGGCGACCCCCCAAAGGCGCUAAUCCACCACCUGAUAUUUUUAAUCCACCUUGCGCCAACCGAACAGUUGUUAUGCUCGCAAACUUCACGCAACCGACAGUUGCUAUUUGUCAGUCUCGAAAGCGAACCGAACCCGCGGUACAUUGUAUAAUUGUGCAAAAUCUCUCGCAGUCGCUCGGCCAAAAUAAAACAAAUUGCAUUCAACGCACCGGACCCAGCAGCUUCGCAACCGGUACGAAACCUUCCGUCUAUCCCGCUUGUUGAUGCGUUUUGUUCUUGUCGUUGUGUUUACACCGUCGCGGUGCUACCGGAGCCGCCUCUGAAGGAAGUUAAUCCCGGUGCCAAAUCGAUUUUCGCUGUAUGCAGCUCUUCGCGACUCCAGCAUAAUGAUAAAGCUCUCGCCCCGGUACAGCUCCACUCUAGUACGCUUCAGCAUAAUAGCAGUCGCUGAGCAGCGUACCUGUUAACAAAUGAGCCGAUCGGAGGGGAAGUUAAACCGUGCUGUACAUAAAUAGUUUACGUAGUCACUGAUCCGCCCUUAGGCGCGCGCUCCCUACAAUCAAACACCCACACUAGCCGCUUGGACAGCAACAUUCAACAUCGUUGAAGCCAAUACGCGCCCCAGCAGAUUGUGCAGAGCAGGAACAGCCAAACACGAAGCAAAGGAUGCCGCACCGUGGAAAGCAAACCCUGUUCCGCGACCUGCUCGAUGGUCCGCGGACGGAGCCGGCCCGGUACCGGAGCCGGUUGCAGCGCGACGCGAAGAAUUCCCUCGCCCAGCUACAACGGCUGGAGCGCUGGAAGGAGAUCAAGGCGCACAGCGGCUGCGUCAACACGCUGUCCUGGAGCACGGACGGGCAGCUGCUGCUGUCCGGCUCGGACGACCAGUACAUUGCGAUCUCGAACCCGUUCACCGGCCAGCAGCAGCGGACGAAAACGCGCCACCGGGCGAACAUCUUCAGCGCCCGCUUUCUGCCCCAGUCGGACAACCGGGUGGUGGUGUCCUGCGCCGGCGACGGUACCGUGCUGUACACCAACCUGAACCAGGCCACCGGCGAGGAGACGCACGCGAGCGGCCACUUCGGCUGCCACAACACCGGCACCACGUACGAGGUGCUGACGGUGCCGACCGAGCCGCGCUCGUUCAUGUCGUGCGGCGAGGACGGCACGAUCCGGCUGUACGAUUUGCGGCGCGUCAGCCACUGCUACAAGGCGCACUGCCGGGAGAACAUACUGAUCGCGGGCCCGGGCGCGAUCACGGCCAUGGCCCUUGCGCCGGUCUCGCUCCACUACAUUGCGGCGGGCAAUGCUGCCGGCUGCGUGCGCAUCUACGACCGCCGCUACCUGGCGGUGAAGGGGGCAAACGAUACGCCCAGCGAGCGGCACACGGCCGCGGUGAAGGUGUUCACCAUUCCGGCGUUCGAGGACCGGACGUACCGCGUCACCUCCCUCGAGUACGACCGGUGCGAGCAGCAGCUCCUCGUCAACUACUCGUCCGACCAUCUGUACCUGUUCGACGUGGCCAACCACGAGGGCGUGGGCGAGGCAGGUUGCCGCAAACCAGCCGCCCGGUCGGUAGUCAUCCCCGGCAAGGUCAGCACGGCCCGCCAGUCCGAAAGGCACGGCGGAACGGGGGGCAACUUUCUCGCCGGCACCAUGCCGGUGCGGCGGCUGCGGCUGCGCGGCGACUGGUCCGACACCGGGCCGAACGCGCGACCGGCCCACGAGCUGUCGUCGAGCAUGCCGCUGGGCCAGGUGCGGCCGCAGCUGCAGGUCACGAUCAUGAACCGCAUGGCGGACGUGAUGUCGCGCAUGCUGACCGAUCCGCGCGUUCGGCUGACGCUCAGCAACUCGCGGCGCAUCCGAAAUCUGGCGCAGCGCGACCCGCCGGAGGAUAUGGCGGACCUGCUGCAGCAGGUGCAGCACCAACGGCAGGAGCCGCAACCGUCGACGUCCGGGCAGCAGCGCGUAACGGCGGCGGGUAGCGUAGCACCCCCGCGCCCCGUACACAGCGACGAUGAUGACGAUGACGAUGAGGAGAUUACGCAAGCGACGCAGGAGCGAGAGCAGGCCGAGGCCGACGGCAAAAAGCCAGAAGAGGACAGUGACGGCCCGAGCCCAAGUGCUAGAGGGAACAAGGACGACGGCACGGAGGACGACACUUCCUCCGCCUCCACCAACUUUGACUACGUCAAGCAGAAGUUUAUCGGCCAUCGGAACACGCGGACCCUCAUUAAGGAGGCAACGUUCUGGGGUGACGAUUUCGUCAUGUCCGGCUCGGACUGUGGCAGUAUCUUCGCCUGGGACCGGUACACGGGCAAAAACGUGAUGCUGGUGACGGCCGACCAGCACGUGGUCAACUGUGUCCGGCCGCACCCGACCCUGCCGAUACUGGCCAGCUCGGGCAUCGAUUACGACAUCAAGGUGUGGAUGCCGCUGGCCCAGGAAUGUAACUUCAGCGAAGAGGUUGCAAGCAAACUCAUGAAGCGGAACGCUGUGAUGUUGGAAGAGACAAGGGAUAUCAUAACGGUGCCAGCAUCGUUCAUGAUUCGUAUGCUAGCGUGUAUGCACACGCUGCGCAACCGGCAGGAUGGUGUCGGCGGUGGCGGUGGUGCUGAUGGUGGCGGUGCUGGUGGUGCCGACGCUGACGCUGGGGCUGCCAAUGAGCACAACGCCGAUACGGAAUCCGACGCGUCGGAGGGGUAGAUGGCGCGCGCACAUUGUACGUUAGUGCGGUAGAAUGUCAGUUACCAAAGGAGGCACUUACAUGUUACGGAUGUACGUUAGAGUAGCGAUUGAAACACGCAGAGCCAGGUAGGCAAAGCAGAAAGCAGGAAAAAGAACUACAGGAAAGGAGGCGCGGAAUGAAGUUAAUAAAUUCUCCGUUGCGAAUAAUUUAAU